CACGGGCCCUUUCUGCUACUUGAUCCGAAAUUCCGAACUACCGCCGGAGGCUCCGAGGCUCUCAAAUCAAGUUAUCAACAACACUGCAAUCAGCCAAUCACACACAACAGCGGUGCUUGCUUGCCUCUGUGUCUUUUGGAAAGUAGACGCAGCACCUGCAGCAGCUAUGUCUCGCGACGCGCGUACACCCUUGCUGUUGCGUGUCUCCUUCCUCGUCUUCGUCUUGGUGCUCUACAGUGCUGCUGCAAUACUGGGUUCUCUAGCAUUAGCUCCAGAGCACUCACCACUCUCUGUUGCGCCGGAAGCUGCAGACCAAUGGACAGCAGGGAGUCUGGUUCUAACUAACAACACCAAAUGCAGAGAAUACUUAAGUGAAGAUGCAAGAAUUCUCAAAGUUGCGUUGAAGUUCUUCGAUGCCCACUUCUUCAAUGAUACAGAGGUGGAGGAGAUGGCCAAGGGUGCAAGGAAUAUCAAUAUCCCUAUCUUCAGAGCUAAUCGGAAGUUAGUCGCUUCUGUUAACGGAGGGUUGCAAGAUCCAUCUGUUUUGGUUUUCAAUCCCGAGUGGAAUGGUAGAGAAACAUCUCAUGAGAUCAGACGGUUCAGUUAUCCUUAUCUUUCUGAUGUACGUAGGCCAGAUACAGAAGAUAUUGCUUUCAUGAGUGAGCUUACUGGGAUUUUCCUAAAGAGAUUAAAGAGGUAUGAUCAUGCUCUUGAAGUUGUGGUUUCUUACACAGAAGAUUUGGCAUACAGCCAGGCAAAAGAAGCUGAUGAUUUACUUGAUAAAGGAGUGUAUUUGGGUCCUCUCCAUGGGAUUCCAUAUGGGUUGAAAGACAUAAUUUCAGUGCCCAAAUAUAAGACGACGUGGGGUUCAAUGACAUUUAAGAAUCAAGUCCUUGACGCGGAAGCUUGGGUCUACAAGAGACUAAGAUCUGCAGGAGCUGUUCUUAUUGCAAAGCUUGUUUCUGGAUCACUUGCAUAUGAUGAUGUCUGGUUUGGGGGAAGGACACGGAACCCAUGGAAUAUUGAAGAAUUCUCCACUGGUUCAUCAGCUGGGCCUGCCGCCAGCACUUCAGCAGGUCUUGUUCCUUUUGCAAUUGGUUCAGAAACGGCAGGUUCUAUUACCUACCCUUCUGCUCGUUGUGGAGUGACAUCAUUGCGUCCAACUUUUGGUAUUAUUGGUCGAAGUGGUGUUAUGAGCAUCUCUGAGAGCUUGGAUAAGCUUGGCCCUUUCUGCAGAAACGCUGCAGAUUGUGCAGUUGUUUUGGAUUUCAUUCGAGGGAAGGAUCCAGAUGACAUCUCCUCUAGGGAUAUCUUUCUUGAGGACCCCUUUUCAGUAGACAUCACCAAAUUAACUGUUGGAUAUCUUGAGGAUGCUGACAUGGAGGCUGUUCAUGUUCUUGCAUCAAAGGGUGUUAAUAUGGUUCCUUUCAAGCUGAAUUACACAGUGAAUUCUGUUCAAGGCAUCUUAAAUUUAACAAUGGAUGUAGAUAUGUUAUCUCACUUCGAUGAGUGGCAGCGUUCCAAACAAGAUGCUGUUUAUGAAGCACAAGAUCAGUGGCCCGUAGAACUGCGACGUGCACGCCUGGUACCAGCAGUUGAUUACGUGCAGGCACAAAGAGCACGAGGAAAGUUGAUUCAGGAAAUUCGUGAGAGCUUUACCGUCGAUGCAUUCAUUGGUAAUGCGACUGAUUGGGAGAAAGUUUGCAUGGGAAAUCUUGUCGGCAUGCCCAUCAUGGUUAUUCCAACAGGAUUAAAGAGUAUCAUGAAUCCUCCUCCAAGUGGAACUCGACGUCGAACCACCAUCUCAACUGGCAUUUAUGCUCCCCCCAAUCAUGAUCACAUAGUUCUUGCAUUAGCCAUGGCAUACCAAUCUGUAACUGACCACCAUAAACAGCGCCCACCAAUUGAUGAUCUCGGGCCAGAUGAUUUUAUCCCUUAUCCUCGUCAAUGAUGGCAGCUUGGUUUAACAGAUAAUAAUUUGGUGAGAAGGAAAUAAUUUAAGAAAAUUUCACAACUUUGUACGAAACGCAGCCUCAAGGUUUUAACAUUAAGAAAGAAAUAUGCCUCAAUAUAUCAUA